ACCCGGAAGCUUCGCUAAACAACGACCACCAGAAGGUUCUCGGGUACAAAUAACACCCUGGGGUGCGUGUAAUUAUACAUUUAGCUUUUUUUGGGUCAUAAAACAAAGUUUGUAAUAUAUUUCUGUCGAGUUUAAACAAUUCUAUCGUAACUAAAAUCAUGAGCAGCCCUACGGUGAGCGGCGAUUUUAUGGCUGUGUUUAAGGCUCCGCUGUCUUCGACUCAAAGCAAACUGUUGGACAUGUUGGAAGACGCCACCGAGCAACUGAUGCUCUAUAAAGACUUCGACUCUUCUUUUCAUGUCUGCGAGAGAGGCCUGGAGAGCCUCGCACACGCGGAGGAAGAGGACGUGAGGGGUGAACUUAAGGCUGGCUUUUGCAUCGUGGGCAUUCAAGCUUUGGCUGAGCUCAACCAGUGGCCAGGUGUGCUCGCCUGGGUCUGUCAGCAUUAUGAGCAUGAGGAGGACAUACCAGCUAAAAUACUGCAAAUGUGCAUCCUCCUCUACGCCAAGGUGGGCGAGCCAGCAGCGGUGAAAGAGGCUACCCAAGUGUGGCUGCGCAACCCAUCUAACCGCGGGCUGCAGGGGUUUCGCACGGUGGCUGAACUCUACCUGCUGCACGUCCUCCUGCCCCUUGAACUCACGGACCAGGCCCGGGAACUUGUCGUUGGCGAGUUGGGGCGCGCCACGUUCACGGAAGAGCAACAGCAGACGGCACUGGAUAUCAUAGAAGAAGAGGAACGUGAGAAGAAGGUGCUAGAUGUCACCGUAGAUUGUAGGUUAAGAGCUGAAAAUGCCUCGACGCAAGGUUCCCUUCUCCACAAAGUAGAGGCCUUGUUGAGGCUUACUUGCAGGAGAUUGACGUCUGCUUCCGGAUUCUUCCCAUUCCAUAAACUCAUCUUGGCAGCUCUUAUUCUCUACAUGCUUUUGUUACGCCUGGAUCCAGCGCUUCCGUCUUCCUUUGUGUGGAUUUCCAAAUUACAUCAGCUGCUCCGACAGAUGUGGAACGUCAUGGUGGCUCCAUAUUAUCGAGCUCGGAAAGACUGAGCGUGGACUUUCUCGUAAUUUGAUUUCUCCUUAAUGUCAUUCCAAACUGGUUGACAUAAAAGAUACAGCUCUAGGAUAGGAAAGGGAUUUUACAGUGCAUUCUUGUGGAUCAUGUGUAAUAGGGUUGUUUCAUUUUCCUUCCUUGUUGAUGUUCAAUCAAAUGUUAUUUUAUUUGCUGUUUAUUUAAUCACAGCUCCUGUUCAGUCUCAGUUGAAGCCUUUGGUCUAUAUUCUUCAUUAUCACCCAAAAAUAAUAUCAAAGCUGCUGUUUUGUUUUGUUUUUUCUCCUCCCUCCACAUGUCAAAAGUUUCACACGUCAGGUUAUUAUCUUUUCAGCUUUGAUUAUUUGAUCAAUUUACUCUGUGGCACUUAUGCUGUAUUUUCCUUUUUUUUCCAGCAAAUGCACAGAAAAGAGCAAGGUGGUUGACGCAGGAAAGGUUCGCACUUUUCCAUUACCUUAUCAUUUAUUCAUGUCCAUUCAGAUUACAUGUUUUAUGCUUUGAGUACUGUACCGCAACAAAUAAAUGCAGCAGUGUCACGUGUUUGUGUGUAGGUGGUGCUCAAGAGUCAUCACAUGCUCAUGCUAACUUCCACAAGUUUCCUACUUAAGCACUUGAAGGGUGG